CGAAGGACGUAUGCGUAGCACAGCUGAAAAUGCUACUCACGGAAAAGGAUCUUCAAACCAGAAGAGAUUUUGAAAAAUACGCUAACGAGUUUUUCGAAGGACGUGUACCCUUUGGUAGCUGGGUGGAGCACACACUGUCGUGGUGGGAUAAGAUUCAGAAUAGAAAAAACUGUCUCUUCCUAUCUUAUGAAGAAGUCCGAACGGAUCUCCGAGCUACGAUACAUAAGUUAACCAAAUUUCUAUCACGAUCAUUAUCUGCUGAAGAUAUAUCAAGAGUCUGUCAGAAAUGCUGCCUAACCAAAUUACCGUGGAAUGGAGACGGUGGUAACAACAAAAAGGAUGAGUUUUUAGACAGUAUAAAUGACGGUGAGAUGAAUGAAUGGAAGGAAUACUUCACAGUUUCACAGAGUGAACAGUUCGAUGAAUUACUGAAGCCAAAAUUGACUGAAUCCGGAAUUUGCAGUAAAUUUAGUUUCUAGACAAAUUGUAGUUAUAUAGAUACUGUUAUUUGAUUAGUUUAGUUUAAUGUUCACAGUAGGAACUGCAAACUAUUGUACUAAGCUCGCAGUUGAGUGGCGUAGAGCUUUCCUCAGUAUUAUGUGAACCAAUCACCUGUAUAAUGGAUUUAUGCUGCAAUCCAGUAUCACUCAACCAUCUGGCAUGGUAUAUAUAACCAGGUAUUUUUUUAUUGUAUGUUCAUGUAAUUAUUAGCAGUAUAUCUAUGCACACAUUUUUCAUAUUAGAUAUAUCGA